AUGGCCCCUUCUAAUAACACACAGUUUCAUCCUUACAUGUUUCUUCUCCUGGGAAUUCCUGGCCUUGAAGAACUUAAUGUGUGGAUUGGAUUUCCAUUUUGUGUUGUGUAUUUGACUGCUCUUCUGGGAAAUAUUGCCAUUAUUUUUGUGAUUCAGACUGAAGCCAGCCUCCAUCAACCCAUGUUCUAUUUUGUGGCCACUUUGUCUUCGAUUGACUUGGGUCUGUCCACUUCCACUAUCCCCAAGAUGCUUGGAAUCUUCUGGUUCAAAUCCAGAGCAAUCUCUUUUGAGGGAUGCCUCGUGCAGAUGUUCUUUAUCCACUUGUGCACAGGCAUGGAGUCAGCUGCACUUGUGGCCAUGGCCUAUGAUCGCUAUGUGGCCAUUUGUAACCCUCUGCACUAUACAUUGGUUCUGACAAACAAGGUGGUGUCAGCCAUAGCUUUGAUCAUCCUCCUGAGACCAUUGGCCUUUGCAAUUCCAUUUGUGGUGCUCAUCCUGAGACUGCCCUUUUGUGGACAUCGAAUCAUUCCCCAUACAUACUGUGAGCACAUGGGUAUUGCCCGUCUGUCUUGUGCCAGCAUCAAGGUUAACAUCAUCUAUGGCUUAUGUGCCAUUUCCGUGCUGGUAUUUGAUAUCAUAGCAAUCAUCCUCUCCUAUGUCCAGAUCCUACGUGCUGUCUUUCGCCUACCUUCUAGAGAUGCCCGGUUAAAGGCACUCAGCACCUGUGGCUCCCAUGUGUGUGUCAUGCUCUCCUUCUACACGCCAGCACUUUUCUCCUUUAUGACCCACCGGUUUGGCCGAAAUGUUCCUCAAUACAUCCAUAUUCUUCUUGCCAACUUUUACGUUGUCAUCCCACCUGCUCUCAACCCUGUUAUUUAUGGGGUCAGAACUAGGCAGAUCAGAGAGAGCAUAAUUAAAGUGUUUAAGGAUAAAUUAUAA